GGUAUAAUCAAGAAUCCAGUGGGCAAGUUCACCCACAGUGCAAUAGCCAAUACGUCCAUGAUGGAUCGCAUCUUCCCCAGUUUUGAUCUCAACCGCAAACCGCCGAUGGACGACGAGAGUGGCACUAGCGUGGCCAGGAACACGAGACAAGAAGAGCGGUGGGAGCGGAGACGACAGUCUCAGGUUAAGCAGAAGCCUUACUUUGAUUCCGCUCGGGACAACACGUUCACCCUCAACAGCAGCGGAUCACAGAGUGCCCUCAAUGUGACCAGCCCCAACGCACACCCCAUUCCGGGGCCUACCCCACCCAUUGGCAACCACACCAUGAGCGAUAUGAAGGCGGCUGCUGCCGCCUUCUACACAUCGGCCUUACCAUCCAUUGCCACUGGCACUGAGCUGUCACAGCAACACACACCGGCGCAACUGAAUGCCCAACAACAGAUGCACCCAGGUGCAUCGGGAUCGGGCUACGCCCCGCAGCCGUACCCAGCGCCGAAUGCACCUGGACUGAGAACCGGACCGGUCCAAGGACAAGGACAAGACGGGGACAACCCGCUGGGUUUAGGUGCACAGCAGCAGCAGCAUCAGCAACAGUUUGUACAUACACCCGGGCACUCGAAUCACAGUACACCUGGAAAUUUUGGACAAGACACGUUUGGGGCAGACUCACAGGCAGACGGAGCGCAGGGGGGAGCCGCUAUAGGUAGCCCCUACACACACAACUUGCAGGGCACCCCGCAGCCGAGCAUGCACACGCAGCAGAUGAGUAGCCUUGCGUAUAGCAGAGAUAACACGGGGCCUCCUACAUCGGUCAGCAUAGGAGGGUCACCCGCGGGUCAGGAGGUUGUAUCGCCAGUUGUUAUGGGCACUCAGAACAUCUCUUCAGGACACCUGGACAAUGCAGGCUCUAAUGUGGGCGCUCUGAGCGAAGGUGGAGCGGGUAACAACCUUGGCAACAGUAACCAUGACAACGAGACAAAUAGUAGACGCGCAUCGGCAGAGUCUUCCAAUACCACUACCCAACCCAACGCGACGAUGAACCACAACCAGUUCGCAGCCCCGUUGUACCCUGGCUCGGCGUUUCCGACAAUCGCGCCGUUGCAAAUUAUGUCGCAAAUAGCCCCCGCGCCGGCCAAUGGGAACCCACCAAGUACAAUGCAGUACAGUCACAUCCAACCCAAUCCCAACCAAACCACCGCACAAUCUCAAUUUACGAAAGCACAAUCGUUAUCUGAGAAUGGCCCAAGCACGGAUGGUGGCAUGAAAGACAUUAAGGGUACGAUAUAA